AUGUCCGACACUGAAGAUCAUUCUGACAUUGGAACUCAUCGAUUGAACGCUCCAAAGCAAACAUUAGAAGAUGCUUACGCGGAGCCCGAUAACUGCCUAGAGAUCGACGUCAUCAAUCCUGAAACCCAUGACUUGGGUAAAAAGCGCUUCACCGAUUACGAAGUCAAGAUGAAGACCAAUCUUCCAAUAUUUAAAAAGCGCGAAACAUCGGUCAGACGACGCUAUAGCGACUUCGAAUGGCUAAAAUCGGAGUUAGAAAGGACAAGCAAGAUUGUAGUGCCUCCUUUACCUGGGAAAGCAUUGAAAAGGCAAUUGCCAUUUCGAUCUGACGAUGGUAUAUAUGAAGAAGGUUUCAUUGAGGAGCGCCGUUCUGGCCUUGAAGGAUUCAUUAAUAAGAUCGCUGGACAUCCAUUGGCUCAAAAUGAAAAGUGCUUGCACAUGUUCUUAUGUGAUCCUAUCCUCGAUAAAAAAUAUGUUCCAGGAAAAAUACGUUAA